CCCGGCGUGCGAAGGAUCCGGCUGAAGGAGGGAGGCGUAAGGGGCUCCCUCUUCCUGCCGCCGGGGGAUGGCCCCUUUCCAGGAGUUAUUGACAUGUAUGGUGAUGAAGGAGGCUUGAUUGAAUUUAGAUCCAGUCUCCUGGCUACCCGUGGUUUUGCUGCCCUUUCUCUGCCAUAUUUUGACUUUGAAGAUCUGCCUAAGGUUAUGAAAGAAUUCAAACUUGAGUAUUUUGAGGAGGCAGCUAGAUUCCUGCAGCGUCACCCAAAGGUGAAAGGACCAGGAAUUGGAGUGAUUGGGACUGGGAAAGGGGCAGAAUUAGCACUCUCCAUGAUCACCUUUCUGCCAGAAGUGGUGGCUGCUGUCUGUAUCUCCGGCUGUAGUUCAAACACAGUUGCAGACCUCCAUUAUGGUGAGAUGACUCUGCCUGGGCUGCGUUUUGAUAUGAAUAAGGUCAGUGUUUCUGACGCUGGUGUAUUUGACACUUUUGAAGCUCUGGAUGACCCAACAAAUCCUGCUAAUUCUCCUUGCACAAUCCCCAUUGAAAAAGCAGAAGGUCACUUUCUCUUAGUGGUAGGGGAAGAUGAUCGUAUGUGGAAGAGCUCCUUAUACGCUGAGCUGGCAAUCGGGCGUCUACGCCAGCAUGGGAAAGAAAACUUUGAACUCCUGAGUUAUCCAGGAGCAGGUCACCGAAUUGAUCCUCCUUCUACUCCAUUUUGUCAGGUAGCUAUGGAUCGUGUUCUGGGAGUGCCUGUUUUGGGGGGUGGAGAGAGCAAAGCACAUGCCCAUGCACAGGAACACUCCUGGGGAAAGAUUCAAGAGUUUCUGCACUUGCAUUUGGGAUGAACACUUAAGCACCUGCAAGCUGUUGCAGAACUGCAGAGGACUGAGCUUGAGCCACCAAAAUGACUGGUGAAUUGGAGGGUCUGACUGAGAAAAGCUUUGAAAUAUGAAAUAACCAAAUGACUACUUAGCUACAAGUAUAAAUCCAGAAAGAAAGGGAUUUAUUUGGACUAGCCUAAUUUAUUUUAACUAGGAACACAGA